UUUCCUUUUCAGAUCUAGCAACGAUACUCGCAGCACGGAAAGAGAGCACUUACUCCCUCCUGCCCUCCUGUCUUCCCCUUGGAGUGUCAAUUUCUAUUGACUUUCCUGUCGAUUCUGGACUCUUAUCGCGUCAAAGACUCGCCUAGAUAGCCUUGCCAGGAAAACGGCACAGACAUGUCAUACACCCCCGCAACUGGAAGUUUCUGUGCCAGACAUAUGGAGUCUGUUUUGGGGGGUGCGAUGGGAGACAGCUCGACUGUCAACGGUACAAUCUAGGUGAUCCGUCCCUCCCCAAGAAGACAAUGAGUGAGGGACAGCGAUUACCCGUCUCCUUCUCAGGGGUUUGAAGACAGAUCUGCAACACGAACUCCGUGCUUUUCUUGUCUUCCGUCGCCGUGCCGCUUUCUAAUCACCUUUCACUUCUUGAAGGUUUCCGAAUGUCACCGUGCAGUCGUUUCGUUCUUUCUUUCAUCCCAGGGCCUGUGCUGUCCAACACGGCCAUAGCGUUGCACGAGAUAGAUCUUGCUUCUGCACUGGCUUCUUCCUUUCCCCUGCUCUACUCUGGUGAAGGAAACGAACGUGUUUUUUCUCCCUUCUCCUGGUGGCCUUCUGUGGUUCGUGCGAAGCCAAGAAGACGGGAUGAAAUGACCAGCUUCUGGAAGGGAGAACAAGAGAAAUUGUCGGUCUGGGUAAUACCCCCCCUCGAACGUCUGUCCCUUACCCCGCCAUGGGAUUCCCUUUUUUGUCGGCUUCCGAUUCUCGUCAUUUUUCUUCCAACGUUCCGCUGCGACGCUCCCAGCGACCUAGGCCAGGGCGACUGCUGCUGCCCUUGAUCAUUUGGGGAAUUCUCGCGUCUUUCUCGGCUGCAGGUCACGACCUUUCUUUUACGUCUACGAAAGCAGUACCACUGUCUCUUUCUGUGUCUGUUCCUUCCCGAGACUCUCCUCCCUUCGUUCUCUCCGACGCACGACCUUCCUUGAGGUGCCGGAGUUCCCCGGAUGCCGUGGCCUCGAAUCGCCCGCAGAGCCUUGAUGCCCCCAUUUCUGCUCUUCAAGAGGGAUGCACCGUACCGAAGGACUUUUGUGGAGGGGAAAGACAAACACGGACAGAUAGACCUAGGGACUGUGUCCUGCUUUGUACGACCUUGAAGAAACACGAUGACACACACACAUCCCUGCAACGCGCUCGUCGGACAAGGGACACGAGUCGCGCUUUCUUGUCGUCCUCUUCUGUGUCUUGGCAAGCUGGGAAGCUAGAGAAUUCUUCCUUCGGAGUUCGUUUCACAGAGGGAAGACAAUCCUGUCGUAGUUUCUCCCCGUCAACGCCUUGCUUGUCGGGCGUGCCUCUGUCAUCUCAAACUGAUUCCUUUCUCUUCUACCUGGUAUGUUCUGCCUCUCGCUCGUUUGCUCUGUCUUCCCGCACGUCUGAUCUCUCCCUUUUCAGGCGACCUUCGUCCUCAGCCUGUUGUUCCUCCUCUUGGUCUAGAGCUCUCGCGUCCUUCUCGUUGUCUGGCCCUUUGGCUCCUUCGUCUUCCGCACUUUCCCAUCACUUCUCUUCUUCAAGUGCUUGUCUGCCGUCUCCGUAUCUACUUCCGUCAUCUCAUGCGUCUCCCAGCGGCUCCGCGUCGGACAGGUGUGACCGUCUCAGUUGCUGUGGCUCGUAUGUUGCGUUAUCUUCUUCGCACUUGCCUUCUUCAUCUCACUUGCCCUCUUCGUCGCGUUUGCUUUCCUCUCUAUUGCCGUCUGCGUAUCCGUCUGUGGUGUCUCCCUGUGGAUCGUCUUCGCCGAAGCUGCCUCCAACCGAGACUUUUCCUCUGUUUCCUCCGUCCCGUCAAUUCACUAAGAAGCGGCGAAGUGCGGAACAUGGAGACUCGAAGGAGACAACGGCGCGAGAAGACGAGAGGCAGAGGUGGCGCGAAGAAGAGCGGCCGAGUUUGCCAAAGGGCGCUGGUCCGCCAGACGGCAACAUGGGAGACAGAGAGACAGCCGACAAGCAGAGAGAGACACAGCUGUCUCCCGCCUUCCUACCCGAACGGCGCCGGGCGAUGUUUCCUAUAGUCUCGCCGGCCCAGCAGAAAUUGCUGGGCCUCGCGGAUCAGAAGGAUCGAAGUGGAUCUUUCUUCGUCGCCCACAUCGGCGGCACGCAGUUCAUCAUGGAGAAGGGGAGGUUUUACGACAUGAAUCGCAUUUAUCAGAGAGUCGGUGGCCGCAUCCACCUUCACAGGAUCAUCUGCUACCAAACCCCUGAUGGGGAAUUUUGGCUGGGAAGACCCUACCUCGAAAACGUCCGGGUGACGGCGACUGUCGAGAAACAUUUCCGAGGACCGAAGAUGUACAUGGCAAAGGCUCGGCCGAAGAAAUGGCGCAAAUAUUUUUCGCACCGACAGGACCUGACGCGAAUUCGGAUUAACGAAGUGGAGUUGCUGCGAAAUCCUGGUGAAGAGGAGUCGGCGAGUGUGCCCCCCAACUUCACGACUGAUAACCCAAUUUACGCAGCCCUUAUGGCAAGCAAACAGUUUCGGAAACCCAGUACCGUGCUGCCGCGCAUGAAACGCACUUUCAUGCGUCUGGCAUCAAGGGAAGAGUUUCCUCUCAUUGGGGAAGACCCCUUGAUGAAUUUUGACCCCGUUGUCAACCGUCUUCUGAUGGACCGCCUUAUCGCUGGUCACUCGGAACUAUUCCCCCUCCUUCGUCCCGACAAAAACAUGGACACUUAGUCAAAAUUUAGGCACUUUGUGGACGGGAGAGACCGACAUGAGACGUGUCGUAUCGUGAACUGUGAGGCGAAAACAGUCCUUGAACGGUUUUCGUCGAAAUGGUUGAACCAUUUCUUAUCCGGUCCUUGGUCCGAGCGCGGAGACGGCAGGGUGGGCAAAUUCUGGCGUGACCAGAGGAACUCUUUUGGAAGUAACGGAUAAGGAAAGGCAGCGACAAAGAAGAGAGCAAUCUUUGGUCGAGUAACAAAUUUUUCUCUUGACUCAGGAAAAAACCAGAUCCCACAUACUUGUUCCCCUCUUGUCACAAAACUUUCCGUGGUUCUUCUCUCGCCCACCACCGACGGGUGAACCACUGAAAUGUGCCUCUCCUUCAUAAAACUAAUAUUCUGGUUCCAUUAUCCUAGUUCUUGGUGAAACAUUUUCCCGAAGAGUGCAAUUCGAGACAACAUCUGCAAAAACUCGGGAAAACAAGUAGCGUUCUACAUC